AUGACGACGGUGCUGUACUAUUUGCCACCGUCACCACCCUGCCGGUCGGUGCUGCUGCUCGCCAAGAUGAUCGGUGUCGAGCUGGAGCUGAAGGUGCUGAACGUCACCGAGGGCGAACAGCUGAAGCCGGACUUUGUCGAGCUGAACCCGCAGCACUGCAUACCGACGCUGGACGAUCACGGGCUGGUGCUGUGGGAAAGCCGGGUGAUUCUAUCGUACCUGGUGUCAGUCUACGGCAAGGACGAAUCCCUCUACCCGAAAGACUUUCGCUCGCGCGCCAUCGUCGACCAGCGGCUGCACUUUGAUCUGGGAACGCUCUACCAGCGCGUUGUCGACUACUACUUCCCAACCAUCCAGCUCGGAGCUCACCUGGACCAAACGAAAAAGGCGAAGCUGGCCGAAGCGCUCGGUUGGUUCGACGCCAUGCUGAAGCAGUACCAGUGGUCCGCGGCCAACCACUUUACGAUAGCGGACAUCGCACUGUGCGUCACGGUGUCCCAGAUCGAAGCGUUCCAGUUCGAUCUGCAUCCCUAUCCGCGGGUUCGUGCCUGGUUGCAGAAGUGCAAGGACGAGCUGGAAGGACAUGGUUACAAAGAAAUCAACGAAUCCGGAGCGGAAACACUGGCAGGGCUGUUUCGUUCGAAGCUGAAACAGUAG